AUGUGGACGUCUGUGGUGCUGUUGGUGUUGCUGGCAGUGACCUCACACACUGUGGCAAAGCCCAGAAACCGUUUCACUCGUUAUCCAUCAUGGAACAAUAAGAUGUACCCAAUCUGGAAAGAUGGAGACCCGCGAUACAAUGACUCCUGGAAAGGUGGAAAAGUGACUUUCAAUGUGGGGAACGAUUCACCGACUCUGACUGGAGCCAAAGUUACUUUCACCAUCGACUUGGAGUUCCCACACAGCCAGAAGGUGCAGAAUAAUGGGGACGUUGUUUGGGCCGAAGACUGCACAGUAAAUGGAACAAAGUACCACGAGUCUGAGCCAGUAUACCCAACUCGGAACCCGGACUGGGAAGCUGUUUUCCCAGAUGGGACACCGAUCAGGAAGGACAAGAAGCCAGCCUACGUGUUUGUCUGGAAGACCUGGAGUCAGUACUGGCAGGUGAGAGACGGCUCCUCUUCCUCCCUGACCAUCGACACAGACGACAUCCCACUGGGCUCCUACACCAUGGACAUUGUUAUCUACCACUACCGCAGCAAAGAGAGGUUCAUUCCUCUGGGAUAUGCUUCCACUGAGUUCUCCAUCACUGAUCAAAUCCCCUUCGCUGUCUCCCUGGACCAAGUUAACGACAUCGUGGCGGGGGACAUGCGCUUUGUCCAGAACAGGGCAAUAGCCUUCACCAUCACCCUCCACGACCCCAGCCAGUACCUCAGCAACGCAGACGUCACCUUCAACUGGGACUUUGGGGAUAAAAGCGGAGCCCUGAUAUCCAGGGAGCUGACUGUCACUCACACCUACAUCAACUCUGGCUCGUUCAAGCCUCAGGUCGUGAUCCAGGCGGUCAUCCCAGAUAAGGCCUGCGACCCACCCGUUGAUUCAACAACCAAGGCCCCGGGUCCACCUCCUCACAAGGGCACCACAGUGAAAGCUGCUGCACUGGCGUCUGCUGUCCCCACACUGGUUUCCACCAAGGCCACUGGUCUGACUCUCAACAUGGUUGCUUCAGACACAGAGGAGGACAACACUGAGGAUGAGGCCUCCACUGUGGCCAACACUCAGCCGGCCCAGGAAGCCCCCGCAGUGGCCAAGACUCCCUCCCCUGUCAAUCACGUCAAUGGAAUGCCAGCCGGCAAUGUGGCGCGAACAGGUGCAAAGCGAACAGUGACCCUGAUGGGUCGAGCUACCGUGGUAACCGUUGCUAAGAGGGAUGCUGAUGAUACACCGUCUAAUGCCGACUGCGUGAUUUAUCGUUAUGGCUCCUUCUGCACAGGCAUCAAAGUGUUCGAGGGCAUUGAAAAAGUAGAGAUCGUACAGAUGGACAAUGCUGUGAUGACAACACCAGAGAUGAACAGAAAUGUUUUGGAUAUCACUGUUACAUGUCAGGGAAGCCUUCCAAAAGAGGUGUGCAGCGUGAUUCUGGAUGCAGAGUGCUUGAGGCCGAUUCACUCGGCAUGCAACAUGGUGGAGCCCUCCAAAGAGUGCCAGCUGGUGUUGCGUCACUUCUUCAAUGACUCUGGUGUCUAUUGCAUCAACGUGUCCAUGGCCAACGACGUCAGUUUAGCCGUCACCAGUGCCAGAGUCAACGUGGACAUAGGUUCAGCUCUGUACUCUCCUGGCACCAUCGGCAUGGUGUUGGGUGUCCUGGUACUCGUUCUAGCCAUCGGAAUAGUGGCAUAUUCUUAUAGGCGCUUUAAGUCCUACCGUCCUCUGAAGGAAGUGCUGAUCGCUGAAGACCCGCAGGACAGCCGGGCUCACGUCGGCUCCGGAGCCUCGAUGUUCUGGAAGCUUCUGAACAGACGGGGCGCUGCGGACGACUGCCCUCUGCUGCAGGACGGACCGGUGUAAACCAGCCUCACACCACCAAACACAAAACCAAGAAACUUAUGAUUUGCAAGUACUUUGCACCUGAGAUGUCUUUUUAUACUUUUUUUUGCAUUACAUAUUUGCUGAUGACAAACUCAUGUACAGGACUGUCUCAGAAAAUUAGAAUAUUGUGAUGAAGUUCUUUAUUUUCUGCAAUGCAAUUAAAAAAACAAAAAUGUCAUGCAUUCUGGAUUCAUUACAAAUCAACUGAAAUAUUGCAAGCCUUUUAUUCUUUUAAUAUUGCUGAUUAUGGCUUACAGCUUAAGAAAACUCAAAUAUCCUAUCUCUAAAUAUUAGAAUAUCAUGAAAAAGUAUACUAGUAGGGUAUUAAACAAAUCACUUGAAUUGUCUAAUUAACUCGAAACACCUGCAAGGGUUUCCUGAGCCUUGACAAACACUCAGCUGUUAUAAAUCUUUUUUUUACUUGGUCUGAGGAAAUAUUAAAAUUUUAUGAGAUAGGAUUUUAGAGUUUUCUUAAGCUGUAAGCCAUAAUCAGCAAUAUUAAAAGAAUAAAAGGCUUGCAAUAUUUCAGUUGAUUUGUAAUGAAUCCAGAAUGCAUGACAUUUUUGUUUUUUUAAUUGCAUUACAGAAAAUAAAGAACUUUAUCACAAUAUUCUAAUUUUCUGAGACAGUCCUGUAUAUGUAAUAUUUGGGUUUUCUAUCCAAAAAAAUAUACUAAAGACAUACUCUGAUCUUUUGUACCUAUAUGUUUGGUAGUAAAAGUGUAUACUUUAAUUUGGAAUAAACAGACUUUAAUGUUUUCCCAAUAAACUUUGCUCUGAACCGUU